AUGACACCCUCUACUGACUCCCCCAGCCCAGGGCUACCACCCAGGCCAAACAGCCCAGAAGUGUCAUCGUCAUCGGAGUCACGUGAUUUGGCCGUCGCUGCUGCCCAGGACCAAGACCAGAACCAGGACCAGGACAACUCGAAUGCUGCGGCAGGCAACCGGCGACGCGAAAACACGGGCGACCCGGAUGACCCCUUGGUCGCAGCAUUCAUGGCUAUGGAGGAGGGGACGGCGACUCGGAACCAGAGAAGAAGGGUGCGCAUGUUUCUCGGCCGCGCUCCGCGGGGCAGCAUGAUAGACGGCAAGAGGAUGAAGUGCCUUCUCGCGUUUCCGAGCGAGAUGAUGAAGGCCUGGGAGGACGUGUGGGAGCGCGAGCAGCGCGAGCAGCACGAGCAGCACGAGCAAAGCGAGGUCGUGGAUGUCGGCGAGGUUUACUCCGGUGCUCCACCCGCAGGAGACGCAGGCACUUCCGACGAUACGCAGCAGAAAGAGCAAGAGCCGAACGUCCAAACCACCAGCGACGACAAGCUCGAGAGCACCGAGAGCGCCACAGCGACCGACAUUCUCACCCGCGUCCGCAAAUUGAUGAACAGGGUCCUCCAGGGCCAGUUCCAAUACGACGAGCUCGGCAGCGACGUGCACGUGUGUGCGCGCUCGAUCGACUCGGACCUGCGCGAGCUCCUCACACGCGCGCGCGCCGAGAUCGACACCGUGCCCUUCCGUGACGUAAAGUCCGCAACUCUGACGCAGUACACGGACGCAUGCUUCCUGCUCGCGCUCUGGCAGCUGUUCCGCCCCAUGGCGCCCGCCUCGGUCCUGGGCCCGGGGCGGAAACGGCGCCGCAGCUCUGCGUCCGACGUUCAUGCGCGGCGGUGUCGCGCGUGCCGGGAGGUUCUGCCCGAGGUGCAGAUCAAGGUCAAGACGCGCGUCCAGGGACUAUGUGUGUCCUGCAGCGCUGAGGCGAUCAGGUUCGCGAAAGAGGCGGGAGAUGGAGACGGGGGCGAACCGCUCGCUGACAUGUGGGCGUUGGCGGAAAGGUGGGUGCUGGAACAUCGCUCGGCGUCGCCCACGCCCCCUGCCCCGCCUGCCCCUGCGGUUUCUGCUUCUGCCGAAUCAACCGAACCCGGCCGACCAGUCGGACCAAUCGACCCCUCAGCUCUCAUCGAGAUCCCGGACGAGCCUCAGAGGGAGAAGACGAUUCCGCGCGCAUACACCGCCAGUCCACAUACUGAUGCGGACCCCUGGAUCUCCGACGCGGGCGACGGGGCGCGCUUCAUCGACGCCGUCAAGAUGCUCGAUCUCGCACUCAUAGUAGCCGGGGGCGGGGACGAGGGGCGUCGCGAGCUCAUCCGCAAGCUCGAUACGGAGCUCCAGCGGCAUAUAAGGGAAGCGAGGGAGGGCGAGCGCGACUUUGACGAGUUUGACUGGCCCCGCAAGUCGAGGAGCCGGGCCACCACUCCCGCCGCCGGGCCACCACUCCCGCCGCUGAGGCCGCCGCUGAGGCGGGCGAGGCUUCAACAGGCUCUACAAGCAUACUCCUCCCGCGACGCCGGCGCUCCCUUCGUCCUCCGACGCUAUGCAGCCAAUGGCGAGCACCAUCCCCGCUGGCAAGCCCUCGAUCGCUGGCAGAGGGCCAGAUACCUCCUCCGUCGUACGGGACGGGGGCGCGUCGUCCCCGUCGAGCUUGGGGGGAGCUACACCGAGGCAGGCUGGGGGCAGGCGAUUGUGAGUUGGCAGCAGUUCCUGGCCCAGGCGGGGUGGGAGGGACCGAUGGUGCCCGAGGAAGAUGUCGAGGACGACGAGGCGAUUGCGAGGGCGAUGGCGGCCGACGGGGAUGACGAGGAGGGCGAGAUGUGUGAGGCGUUGGAUAACUUUGCCCCUGCUGCUUCUUCCAGGGCGGGUGUACAGUUCAGUCGACGCACGAGCGAGGAGAUGGAGAAGGAGAAGAGUGAGGAGAAGGAGAGGGAGAAGGAAAGAGAGAAAAGGGAUGACGCCGUGCCAGUGUAUCUCGCACAGCACGGGUUGUUCCGUCAAUUCCCUGCGCUCGAGGCAGACUUCUCCGUCCCGGACUACGUCUUCUCCUCCCCAGAGGCACAGCUCGUACCCCCCGGUGUCGCAUACGCGCCACCCUCCGAGCCACUCGUCAAUGUCUGGAUCGGAAGCCCCGGCGUGCUCUCCCCGGCUCACACGGACCCGUACUUCAACUGUUAUGUCCAGGUCUUGGGACGGAAGAGGGUAUGGCUCGCCCCGCCCUCGGUCACGGAGCACAUGCACGCGUUUGGCGGCAAGGAGAAGGAUGGCGAGGGCAUGGAUGUGGAUCCGGAGUGGGUCAUGAUCCAGAAGAUCCGGAAGCGCGCAGACGCGGAAGACCAGGACAAGGACGCGGACGAGGUAGAGGACAAGGUCGAGGGAGAAAGUGAGGGGAGAAAGGUGGGUGAUGAGGAAGGGGACGAAGAAUGGGACGACGAAGAGGACGAGUCGCUCUUUGCCUCGCUCAUGACCAACACUUCGCGCCUUCCUUUGCUCAAGCCUGGCCAGAACGUGGACAGCAUUGCGGCAAAGUACCCCGACUUUGAGAACGUGCUCCCGCACGCUAUGGAGACUGUCCUCGAGCCUGGAGACAUGCUCGUGAUUCCGCCGGGGUGGUGGCACGCUAUGCGCCAGGAGGGCGAUGGGCCCGGCUGGAGCAUCUCCUUCUGGUACUGA